UCCCUCCCUCCCUCCCUCAAUUUGAUCUCCUUUCCACACCGGUUGGAUUAAACGCGCAGAUGUGCUCAAUUGUAGGAUUUAAUCCCACAUUAUGUCUCUUUACCGAUCGACUGGAGGUCGAUUGGAUCCAGAAGAAGUGAUCCGCGUCGGUCUGAAUGAACCACAACUCCGAAAAAGCACUUUUUAUUCCCACGGCGGACGUCAUGUGCACAUUUGCGGAUUUUACACGCAGAGAGCCGCCGAGUGCGUCUAAUUUGGGAUUACACUGACACCGGACGGGUUGAUUUGAGUGGGGGUAAAAAAAGGGGCUCCCCAGACGGCGUCUGCGUCUGGUCCGCCGUCCUCCGGGUUCCUGCAGGACUCCAUGCAGUCGCAAAGGCAGAGGAGUGAAGGGCGACCCCGAGCUGGAUGGAUGGUUAUGGGGAAGAGAGGCAGACCCUCGGCGCUUGAAGUGUGCAGAGUUCUUGCUGUCUUCCUGUCGCUCUUUCCUUCAGUGACCCUGCAGUGCAAGAUCCUCAAGUGCAACUCCGAAUUUUGGGCCUCCACGACCAGCUCCGGGCCGGAGGAGGAGUUCUGCACGGCGCUACGCGCAUACAACAACUGCGUACGGCGUACUGCUCGAACUUGCCGAGGUGAUUUGGCGUACCAUUCGGCUCAGCAUGGAAUCGAAGACCUCAUGAGCCAGCACAACUGCUCCAAGGAGGGACCCACCUCGCAGCCGCGCCCCCGUACCCCACUCCCUCCCGUGCCACCUCCUCUGCCGCCCGACAGCCAGGAACGCUCUGACGGGCCGGAGGUUUGCCACUACGAGCGUAGCUUCCCGCGCAACGCAGCGCAGCCUAACUUCACGCACUGCGGCUUUUUCGGAGACCCACACCUGAGAACCUUCGGGGAUGACUUCCAAACGUGUAAAGUGGAGGGCGCCUGGCCGCUCAUUCACAACAAAUACCUGUCGGUCCAGGUGACCAACACCCCCGUGCUGCCUGGAUCUUCAGCCACUGCCACGAGCAAGCUGACAAUCAUCUUUAAGAACUUCCAAGAGUGCGUGGACCAGAAAAUGUAUCACGCCGAGACGGACGAGCUCCCCGCCGCCUUCGCCGACGGCUCCAAAAACGGCGGCGAGCGCCACGGCGCCAACGCCCUCCGAGUGGUGGAAAAAGUACCCGGCCAGCAUGUGGAGAUCCAAGCCCGCUACAUCGGCACCACCGUAGUGGUCCGGCAAGUGGGCCGCUACUUAACAUUCGCCGUACGCAUGCCAGAGGACGUGGUGCGCUCAGUGGAGGAGGACGACAACCAGGACUUGUAUUUGUGUCUGCACGGCUGUCCCGCCAACCAGCGAAUCGAUUUCAAAAAGGUCGUCGGAGGAUCUAGCGGGUUCACCUACCGUGCGGCGAAAGCUAAGUGCAAGGAACGACUUCCUGUAGAGGAUUUGUACUUCCAGUCGUGCGUCUUUGACCUCCUGUCGUCUGGCGACAUCAACUUCACCAUGGCCGCCUACUACGCGCUGGAGGACGUCAAGAUGCUACACUCGAAUAGCAAGCGCUAUCACAUUUUCGAGAAAGACGCUUUCACCAAUAUGGCCGCCUCGCACAUGACGACCCAACACUUCCUGUUCAAAAUUUUUGUUGUGCUCCUGGGCUGCGUGCUUGCUUUGUAGGGUUCGUAGGGUUGCAAAAGGGUUUCACGUUUUCCAAAGAUGGAGAAUUUUGGAAAUAUUCCAUUCAUUUGCUAGCAUUGACAACAAAAGACGUCAAAUGCAUUCUGACUGGGAGGGACUACUAGCAUAUCAGAUCAAAUGGAUCAGAUGUCGAUUGCCGUCAAUGCUAGCAAAUAGGUUAGGAUUUCCUUCGGAAUGGGCUAUCACUGUUGUGAUUUUCAAGCUAGGCGGAAAUUGUACUGCUGCACAACUGCCAGCAGUUGGCAGCGAUACACAUUUUUCAUCAUGAGAUGAGCCCAGUUUGUGCGUCUAAAGAUUUCUGGUAACGAUACAUGUUUCUGGAUCCAUACAUAGAUUGGUUAAGCUACGAUCCAAUCAAAUCGAAAUAUGGUCAUGUUUUAGAUCAGCCAUUUUGUUAAAAAGAAUAGUUUUCAUUAGUUUUGGACCGAUACAGACACUAGUAGACUAAAAUGCUGGCAUCAGUAACGGCGUCUAUUAACAAAUAAGACGCUGAAGCAAUUUACUGAAACUAAUUUAGGACUGUGAACGUAGCGCUUCCUGUCUCACUAUAGAAUUUUCCGAACAGCAUAGUAUCGGUGAGUACUAAUAACGUGCCGAUUCCGUUUAUUGAAGGGCCUGUGAAUGCAGAGCUUUGUGUCUCAAUAUAUUUCAGUUUACACUUUCCCAAAAGACGGUAUCAGUAUUAGCAAGUACUAACAAAUACCGCUAAUAUGGAACUGUGAACGCAGUACUUUGUGUUUCAAUAUAUUUCAAUACAGGAUUGUCUAAAAGGCAUAGGAUCAGCGUGGGCCGAUGCUUCACAGCUGGGUAUCGGGUGCCAAAAAAUUGUAUCAGAACUAGGCAUGUGCCGGUAUGUUAUUGUGACAGUAUGAUAACCUUAAGCCAAAAUAUCACAGUUUGACGGUAUUGCAAUUACAGCUCUAAAAUGUGUUACGUUAUAGGUGUUUAAAAAAGAAGAAAAAAAAGUUUUUUCCAUUGAAAAAGAUUUUUAUUUUUCAAAACGUAUUAGCAAAUUGGAACAUAAAUAAAAUGUUAAAAAAAUAAAUAAAUAUACUAAAUAAAAUUAAAAUAAAUGCAGUCCUUUAGGUAAACCUAAACCCACAUUCCCAGCUCAACAUUAUUACCAUCUGGAGAAAAAUAAUUAUUCUCCAUAGAAAGCACGUGUAAGACUCAUAUCGUGUUUACAUUAUACACACACUCUCCUUCUCAACACAGUUGCCAGAGAGAGGAAAAAAAACAUGUUUUACCACCGCUAGACACACUAAACACACUGGAGUUAUCUCUCGUAGCUGGUGGGAAACGUUCAUGACAGUGUUUACUAACCAUUAAUUUUGUGUAAAUGCGAAAUCAUAUUGGAGGUAUUGCCUCUUCGGUAUCCGCCCUCCGCAAACAUGAUUUACAUGUUGGUUGGCCCUCCUCCUCUAAGCCGCGGCCAUCUUUAACUUUUCUGUAGCCGAAGUAUUCCCAUACCCGCGAUUUCGUUUUCUUGGAUGGAGACAAAGUUCAGGAGUUUCACCUCCUCCAGCCAUCGUGUUGCACAGCUGACUCACUGACACUGAGCAAAAACCGGUGAGGGAAGGUUGAGCCUUGCAGCUGCAAGCGAGGGAUUUCUCCAUUUAUGUUUGGGACAUGAAAAAUAGCUGGCUAGCUAGCCCGUAGGGGAGGUAUGACGGAAAUUUUUUACGGUUUUGAAACCUUGACGUUUUCAUACCACGGUGUCUGUGUCUAAUCAGAACAAGACUAGUUUUCAUUCAAGUGUCUGAAAUGUUUUGGCAACAAAAUUGACUAAAACAUCCAAACUGAUUUGUAUUAUGAGUUGAUAUAGGUGAAAUUUGACUGACAGUGAAAGUUUUAAAUCGAUUGAUUCGUGGCAGGUUUUGUAAUAUCGUUAUCAAAAGAAUUAAAACACACCGUAUCAUCGUGAAAGGUUUUUUACAACUCUGUUGCUGAUUAUUGAUGAAUUGGAAGAGAAAAAAAAAAUCGCAAAUAAAAGCCAAACUUCAGUUCCCAUUAGUUCUCUUGGAAAGUUUCGAACGUUGAAAAUUCCGCUACAUUUGCAACCCUAUUUAAAGAAACCGCAGAACGCGGCGGCUCAUUCGAAAGCUGUUUAUUGUGGCGGGUGUUGAACGGAAGCCACAAUUUGAGGAAAUACGGCGUAGCGUCAUCAUUCACGUGGAUGUGAUUUGGAGGCUGGAGUGGUUGCCAAAGAAACAAGCCUCCGUGCCAACAAACUGAACCAGCGGCAUUUGGUCCCUAUUUUAACGCGAGCUCGAUUAUUCAUCGUCUUGGGUUGAUUUUUACACUGAAGUAUUCGUCACUGCUGCCCUUUUUUUUUUUUUUUUCCCUUGGGUGCUUUGACGGCAGCAGCAACGCAAUUUAAGUGAUUGUAUUGUGGAAUUUGGAUGGGAGUUUAUCUGUGCUUUUGGAGUUUAUUAGGAUUUUUAACAUCAAAUUUCUGAACAAAUAAUUAUCUUUUUCUUAGCAUUUUAAGAAAGUUUAGUCCCCCCAAAACUUUCGUUUCGUAGUGGUUUGUUGCCAUUUGGGUUUGAAUUUCAAAUCUGUACUUUUAAAAAAUUUAGUAACUUUUCUUAAACUUAGAAUUGUAUUAAAACACUAACAUUCAUGGCAAUUACUUUUUAACACUUUUAUCGCUCACUGCAUUUUAUUUCUAUUGAAUUUAACAAAUAUUGAAAAAACAAAAAUUAACUAAAGAUUCAAAAUUUACCUUUGCCAUCUGAGAUUUCUAAAAGAUUUUAUUGUUUGUUUUCCCCCUAAAAUUUCACCUUCAAUUUAUUGUUUUAGCAUCAAAAGAUUCUAUGUAACAAUUAAAUACAAACUCAGAUUGCUCAAAAUGCCUACAUUUUUACUAGUGAUGCACGAUAAUGCAUUUUUCAACCGAUACCGAUUACCGAUAACCAAUAAUUUCCUCGUCCUUUGAGCAGGUAUCUGAUAACGUCAAGCUGAUAAUUCUAUUAAAAUAUAUAUAUAUACAAUUUUAAAUUAUACACAAGAGCAAAUGUUACUGUGCAAAAAGAGAAUGUAUUGCUACUUUUUCACAUCAAAUGUGAACAGGUAGUAAAUUCCAACAUCUAAACAAUGUAUAUCAAUUAUUAUAAUAAUACUUACAAAAUGAAUACUUAAUUGCACAAAAAUGCCUUUAGGAGAGGUUGAGGCACCGGCGCAGAAUUGGACAAAACUGCGUCGAUUGCGCACAUUUGGAGACUAAAUCAAUUAUAUAAUUAUUGAAAUCCAUUUUCGGUUAAAUUUUUUAAAAUCUGGAUUAUCGGUGUGAUGUAAUAAUUGCCCUUAUCGGACGAUAAUUAUCGUGCAUCUUUCAUUUUUACCCAACAAGUAAUUUUUUUCCCUUGUAAAUUGUUUUUUUUUUAUUCAAACUCAUAUGGCAGUGAUUGGAUUUUUUUGUUCUUUGCAUUUUCGUGCCAUUUUAUUUUAAAUGUCUAACACAAGCUUUCUUUAAUAACAUCAAAUACUAGAUACUAACACUAGAAUUUUUUUUUUUAAUUUUGAAUUUUUCACACCGAAUACUUUGGUCCCCAAAUAAUCAGUUUAAAAAAAAUCACGUUUGUUUACCUAAAAAUUGCACAGAUACACUCCCACAUCUUUUGUGUUUGUAGAUGUUUUGUAUUGUGACUUAUAGUAGCUGACGUGAGAUUGUGUAGUGUGUGCUUGUGUUGAUUUGAUAUUAACUGUGAAAGUCAAAUAUUGUAAAAAGACUUUUUUUUUUUUUUUUUGCAGGGCCACGAACAGCACAAAUCCCAAUUUUCACCUUUUGUGUUUUGUGCUGCUCAUGCUUGCCAAAUGAACGCACUUUAUGAUUUCAUCUAGCUCUUGUGUUGUUGUUGUUUGGAAUUUAAAAGGUUUAAAAUAAUAAAACAGCUGGGAAAUGGCCCAAUAGUUCAAACUGUAUGUAAAAAAAAUAACCAGCGGUUUGUAAUGUUAAUUAUUUAUUGAAUAAAAGAAAAUGUAAGUGAAGCGUACUAGUGUUCAUUUUCUUAGUCAUCUACUGCCCUCUAGUGGAUUUGAAGAGACACUGGCAAUUUUGAAGUAUGCGAGUCUGGAAUGAAUCUUUAACAAACUUUAUUACAUAUGUCCAAACAUAUGUACAAGAGCAUUUCUCAUUAAGAGUGGUGCUGUCACAAAUAUAAAUUAGACAUCUUCGCGCAGAACAACUUGACAUGGCGGAGGAAGAAGAGGAAAACACU